UUUGCUGCAGCCAGACUCCGAUUGAGCUCAUGGCGAUGCGGCUCCUGUCCCCCUCCACGCCGCCCCCACACUUACCGAGCCCCGGCGCGAAGCCGCUCGCCUCAGCGGCCACAGCUUUGUCGUCGUCGUCGUACUUCUCCCUGCGCCUCCGCCGCGCGCGCGCGGCUGCAGCGGCUGGCGCGGCCGCGGCGGGCGGGCCCGAGCGGGAUGGGGGCCGCUUCGAGGGGGAGGCGAUGGGCGGGGCAUUUGACAGGGGCCUCGCGGAGAUCGCGAAGAAGGUGCCGCUCUUCGAACCGGCGACGGACGGGGAGCUCGCCGCCGCGGCCGGCGAGCGGCCGCUGCCCAUCAACCUCGAGCUCUGGCUCUACCGCAUCAAAGUGCACACCAGGAAAUUUGAGUUCCCUGAAGCAGAGAAGCUCCUAGACAAGUGUAUCUCAUUCUGGCCUGAAGACGGACGUCCAUAUGUGGCACUGGGGAAGCUUUACAGCAAGCAGUCGAGGUAUGACAAAGCUAGAGCGGUGUAUGAAAGGGGAUGCCAGGCGACGCAAGGCGAAAACCCAUACAUUUGGCAGUGUUGGGCAGUCCUAGAAAGCAAAGGUGGAAAUAUUCGGAGGGCACGAGAGCUGUUUGAUGCUGCUACUGUGGCUGAUGCAAAGCACAUUGCUGCUUGGCAUGGGUGGGCAAUUUUAGAAAUAAAGCAAGGAAACAUAAAAAAGGCACGGAACCUACUAGGGAAAGCCCUAAAAUAUUGUGGAGGAAAUGAAUAUAUUUACCAAACUCUUGCUUUGCUUGAAGCUAAAGCAGAGCGCUUUGAACAAGCUCGGACUUUGUUCCAACAAGCCACUCAAUCCAAUCCGAAAAGUUGUGCAAGCUGGCUUGCGUGGGCUCAGGUUGAAAUGCGUGCAGGAAACAAUACUAUGGCCAGACAGCUCUUCGAGAAAGCUGUCCAGGCUAGUCCAAAAAACCGGUUUUCAUGGCAUGUCUGGGCAUUAUUCGAGGCAAAUGAGGGUAACAUUGACAAGGCAAGGAAGUUGCUCAAGAUUGGGCAUGCUGUAAACCCCAGGGACCCAGUAAUUCUCCAGUCACUUGCACUGCUGGAAUACAACUAUUCAUCUGCAAAUGUUGCUCGUGUGUUAUUCAGAAAAGCAUCUCAGAUUGACCCAAGGCAUCAGCCUGUUUGGAUAGCUUGGGGGUGGAUGGAGUGGAAAGAAGGAAAUGCGAGAACAGCAAGGGCCCUCUAUCAGAGAGCUUUGUCAGUUAAUUCGACGAAUGAGUGCGCUGCUCGUUGUCUUCAGGCUUGGGGAGUCCUAGAACAGCGUGCUGGUAACUACACCGCUGCCAGAAGAUUGUUGAGAUCUUCACUGAGCAUAAACUCUCAAAGUGAGGUGACAUGGAUGACAUGGGCAGCACUAGAGGAGGAACAGGGGGAUCCAGUUCGAGCUGAAGAAAUUCGGAAUCUAUACUUUCAACAGCGUAUCGAAGUUGUGGAUGAUGCAUCCUGGGUCAUGGGCUUCCUCGACAUCAUCGACCCUGCCCUAGACAGCGUGAAGAAGCUCCUAAACCUAGACCAGCCAUCCGGGCCGGCAAGGCGGGACACUGUUAAAAGCACAGCAGAACCGAGUCCUCCUACCACCAGGAGUUCUGCAGCUGAGUCUUCAGAAACUUCAGCGCCCGGAGGUUCGGGUACCUCUGGCCUUUCCAGCAAUGAUGCUGGUAACAGCGGCAGCGAAGCAGUUGAGGCUUCAGGAAGUGAUUUUGAUUUGGACGGUUUCGUCAAAAAGAGGCUGGCUCUCGACCCCGCAGAGCUGGAUGCGGUUCUUGAGGGUUCUGAUCCGAGGGGAGUUGUUUCUCAGAGGAGGAAACGGCGGCUGCCCAGGAAGCCUCUCCCUCUUCUCCCUGUCCCGUAAUUUUUCCAGAUCAAUUUCUUCCAUUCCACCGGUAAAAAUCACUGAUGCCAAAUGCCAUUACUGUAGGAAGAGAACGAAACCCUGGCCGCUGCCAUUAGCAAUCACCUGUUACUUGUUAUCGCCACCACGUGUACGUAGUUCUGCCAUCAUCUGUCCUAGUAGAAGUUUAGCCCUGUACAUAAAUACGACUGUGUCUACAUAAUUUAUUUGACUGAAAUAUUAACUUAUUUGACUGAA